AUGGAGCAGUUCCAACACCCUGGUCCAAUAAGUACAGUUGAUUUGCGUGAUAACGUGAUUCAUGGUCCAAUUCCAGAUUCGAUUUUUCAACUUUUGGGUCUCAUACAACUAUCACUUGCAAACAAUAACUUCAGUGGUAAUGUGCAGGUAGAGAUGCUUUCAGAGCUCAAAAAUCUUACAGGUAUUGAUCUUUCAUAUAAUGCGCUUUUGUCAGUAACAGGAAAGGUCACCUUGCCCCAGCUUGAAUAUGUCUUUUUAUCAUCUUGUAGCAUAACUGAAGUCCCGAUUUUCUUAAGCACUGUAAGUUUUAUGAAUCUAGACCUUUCUAAUAACUCAAUCUUUGGCCGAAUUUCCCAAUUGGAGCUUGGAAAUUGUUCCAACUUGUUUGACCUAAAUCUGUCUCACAAUUUACUUACCAGUGUUGAGUACAUUUCAUCCAUGGCCAACCUUCGAAUUCUUGACCUUUCAUCCAACUUACUCCGAGGACAACUUGUGGAUCUACCAACUGGGGUUAUUUUCUUCUCAGCUUCAAACAAUGAUCUGACAGGAGUGAUCCCUCCGUCAUUUUGUAAUGGGAGCAGAGUUCAAUCUCUUGACUUGUCCCAUAAUGGCUUAAGUGGAAACAUUCCAGAAUGUCUUGCGAAGAGCAAUGUAGACAUGGAGUUUUUGAAUUUGGCAAUGAACAACUUCCAUGGCAGUAUAGAAUCUCUAACGUUUCCCGAUCCAUGUGGUGUGACAGCUCUUAUGCUUAACGACAAUCAAUUGGAGGGACCAUUACCAUCCUCUUUGGUUAACUGUCGAGGUUUGGAUAUUCUUGAUGUUGGGAAUAACAGGAUUAAUGAUAGCUUUCCGAAUUGUUUCAUGGUCCCAUUGGCAAUUCCAGCACAAGAUUUCUCUUCCUUCGGUUAA